AUGCACGAGCGACCCAACGAACACAUUGUGGCGGUUACGAAACAACGAGCCACCAGGAAAACUGACAGCACUCUGAAUAAAGAGCGGAGGACGCUGCCUCACCAGCCGUUCAUACCAGCGAGCACAGAUAACGUACUGCUCGCCGUGGUGGGAUCGAGUAACUCGCGGUUGGCAUCUAUCUGUUUACUGCCGAGAGGGGCCGAGGGGGGGGAGGAGGCCGGAGGAGGCCGGGGGGGCGCGGGGCUGCGGGGGGGGAGCGGUCUACAACCAGGUCAAGGGAGCCGAGAUGCACCGCUCGUUCGCGCGAAAUCUCACUUUCGCGCGCUGCACCAAACAUGGCCGACCUAUGACGUUAUAGUUCACGGUGACACAGAAUGUGACAUGAUCGUGGAGAGUAAUAAGGCCGCGGAGGAAUUAGAGAUGUGUUGCAACGAUUACACGUGCGCGGAAUAUGACAAUAACAAACAUAUCUAA